AUGCCUCUUUCAAUCGAAGAAAGAAUCGCUCGUGCAGACGCUUUGAGGGAAAUCGCGAUAAACCAAUUGGUAUUAAUCGAAACUUGCGCAUUCAAUGCACAACAGGACGAAAGCCAUAUUACAAAAUUCGCGAUGGCCUUCAAAAAUCUUAAAAAACUGCAAAAGGACUUCGAGAAGCAACAUCUGGCAAUCGCGGUCGCCUUAGCAGGAGAUUCUGCGAAAUUACAGGCUCAAUCCGAAAUUAUGAACGAUUUUUGCGCUAGGUGCCUCGAAAUAGAAACAACCUAUCAUACGCUCAUAGCGGAUAAACAGAUAGAUCAACGUUCUAGAACCAAUACGACAGCGUUUCAAAAUACCUCAAUCGCCAACAACAACGAUUGCAUCCGUCUACCGCGAAUUGAAUUAAAAGAAUUUUCGGGUAGCAUCCAAGAAUUCCCGUCUUUCAUUGAACUGUUCGAUACCUUGGUUCAUGGCAACGACAGGCUUUCCGAGAUAGAAAAAUUUACGUACCUGAUCUCUAAAGUACACGGACCACCGCAUGCCCUUAUUAGAAAUCUACCGAUCGUGUCGGCAAACUAUACAGUCGCUUACAAUGCGUUGAGGGACAGGUACGACAAUAAAAGGCUAAGAGCGGUAAAUUCCUGGAAACAGCUAGAAGGUUGUCCCAAGCUUCAGAAGGGCGACUUUAAAUCUCUGCGAUAUUUACUAGACACCUUCUCAGAAAACUUGGAAGUUCUGAGAACCAUGCGGUAUGAUGUGGACAGCUGGUGUUUCAUCUUGUCGAAUAUGUUGCUGGAUCGUUUGGACCCGAAUACGAGGCGGGAAUUUGAGAAAGCUCAUGCUUCGAACGAAAUUCCUAAAUAUGUCGACGUGAGAAAUUAUAUUUUGGCACAGUGCAAGGCUUUAGAAACCUUCUCGUUGUGUACAAAGGCUCCGGGUGAAACGCCUAAAAAUCAAAGCGAUACGAGUAGAACAACCCAACGCAACGCUUUACUUUCAAAAACGAAAAGGGACGUAGAUAAACCUAUAAAGAGCACUCGGUGCAGUUUAUGCGAGGGUGAACACUCCAUACAUAAUUGUGCAGAAUUCUUGAAUAUAAACGCCUCUGAACGUUUCCAGGUAACGAAACAGAAGAGAUUAUGUGUGAAUUGUUUAUCCAAUAAACAUACGUCGUCAAACUGUCCUUCCAAAUAUCGGUGCAGACAAUGCAAAGGGACUCAUCACACCCUUUUGCAUUUCACUGAGAAUCUCGAACGGUCCAACACUAAUGCAGAACAAGAGCCCACACACCAAACGGUUGCUAUGUUCACGAAAGGUGAACACGAAGUUUUAUUGUCCACCGCGUUAGUGAGCGUUCGCGAUGCCUUCGGUAAUAUUCAAACAGCGAGAGCGGUUCUAGAUUCGGGUUCACAAUCAUGCUUCGUCACAAAAGGUUUCGCAAAUAAAUUAGGUCUCAAAAAAAUUAAUAUAGCUGCUACUCUACAUGGCCUCGACAGAAUGCAUAUGCCGGCUAAGUCGGGCAUUCACUGUGUGAUCUCUGGCGAAGAUUCUACAGAAUUUCAAGCGGAUUUCAUUAUUUUAGACCAAAUUUGUGAUUCAUUGCCUGUCACCGGGUUCAAUAAAGACAAAAUCCCAUAUUUACGUGGCUUAAAACUGGCAGAUCCGAAUUUCAACAGAAGGGAUAAGGUUGACAUGCUUUUAGGCGCCGAAAUAUAUCCUCUUGUUCUUAAGGAAGGAAGAAUUGUAUUGGAUGCAGAUUCACCGGUUUGCUUAAAUACUUCAUUCGGUUGGGUGGUAACGGGCAAACUCGCCUCUCUUCAAAAAACUCAGUGCACCACGCCACGUCCCGUUAAAACCUUUUUUGCGAAAUAUACGACAAAUGACCAACUGAAUGAUACUCUGCGACUGUUCUGGAAAACCGAAGAAGUCCCCGAAGCAAAAAUAGAGAAUCCAGAGGAUGCGUUUUGCGAGAAUCACUUUAUUCAAAACAUUAAACAUGAUGAACGCGGCGGAUUUACGGUUUCCCUACCCUUCAAAAUAAACGCACCCGAUUUUGGAGAUACUCGUUCCCUCGCAAUGCGGCGAUACUUGUCAUUAGAAAGACGAUUGAUGCAAAAUGCACAGAGUCGAAUCGCGUAUACAGAUGUCAUCAACGAAUAUCUGAAUAAAGGUCAUAUGACAGAGGUAGAACCACCCACAGUUACGGAACUGAAUAGCACGUUUUAUAUUCCGCAUCACGCCGUCCUAAAGGCAGAUUCUACAUCUACACCACUCAGAGUGGUCAUGGACGCAAGCAGCCACGUUCCGGGAAAGAUGUCACUCAAUCAGGCGCUAUAUAGUGGCCCCAAAUUACAACGCGACCUAGUUGAAAUUCUGAUAAACUUUAGACUCCACAAGUAUGUUAUGCUUACGGAUAUCAGACAAAUGUUCAGAAUGAUACAAGUGGAGCCCCGGCAAAGACAAUAUCAACGUAUACUGUGGCGCCCUCAUCAAGACAGUCCGAUCACCGAUUACCAAUUGAACGUCCUCGUGUUCGGCAUCACGUCAUCUCCUUUUCUAGCAAUCCGAACGCUCCUGUAUCUUGCUGAUAAAUAUGAAGAUUUCCCGUUAGCUUCACAAAUUUUACGUACGCAAACUUUCGUGGAUGAUAUUACUUUCGGAAGCGACGAUCUAGAUAUGAUUGAAAACAUGCGCGAUCAACUUAUUGGAUUGCUUAGCAAAGGUAAAUUUGAACUGAGGAAGUGGGCAUCCAAUACAAGAUCCCUUUUGGACGGAUUGCCUGAAGAACACAUUCAGAAUAUAGAUUUUUCAUUCGAUUCCGAAAGUAACGUUUCCUUGAAAAUUCUUGGUUUGAAGUGGUCCCCAGUAAAAGAUCAAUUUUUCUUCACGUUUAAAAACUUCGAUUCGAAAUGUACUAAAAGAACAAUGCUCUCGGAGUUGGCACGCACAUUCGAUCCGAUGGGAAUUUUGACCCCCAUCACCUUUUACACGAAGAUACUGAUACAGCGGUUGUGGACGUUAGGCCUGGGCUGGGAUGAAACACCGCCAAAGGAUCUUGUCGAUAAGUGGUCACAUUUCAAGAGAGACCUCACGGUGCUAUCUUCCUUCGCACUACCACGGCAUAUCGAUUUUCGCGACACGUAUUCAUGUCAUUUAAUUGGGUUUUGUGAUGCUUCCAUAGAGGGAACAUGUGCGGUCACUUAUUUGAGAAUUAAAUACAGAAGUUCAGCAGUCAAGACGCAUUUUUUGUUAGCGAAAUCAAAGGUUGCCCCCUUACAAUCAGUUUCUUUACCUAGACUGGAAUUAGAUGCUGCGGUUCUUCUAGCAAAAUUGUUGAAGUACGUAACAGAGGUACUCAAAGACAAGAUAUGUCUGACGGAUAUCUAUGCCUUCAGCGACAGUUCCGUGGCCCUUUCUUGGAUUAAAAAUUCACCGCAUCUAUGGAAAACGUAUGUCGCAAAUAGAGUGGCUUUCAUUCAGGAAAGAGUCCCACCUAAUAAGUGGCAUCAUGUAUCCUCCAAAGAUAACGCAGCCGACUGCGGCUCCAGAGGCAUUUUUCCGUCUGAAUUAUUGUCACACACAUUGUGGUGGACAGGUCCUCAGUUCCUUUUAGACGAACCAACAUCCUGGGUGAAGAAAAUUCAAAUUCGCGAUAAAGAUUCGAUUGAAAGCGAGCGGCGAAAGAUAACACUAAGCGUUCAAGUGAAGCAACCGAACAUCUUAGACACGUUGCUUGAUAAAUACUCAUCUCUCCACAGAAUUAAACGCGUUCUUGCCUAUAUUAUCCGUUUCAAGAAUAGAUGCCUGAAACGCCAGCAUGCAACAAUUGGGGAGGUAGAUUGUCUCACACACGGCGAGUUGCAAAGUGCUCUCGUUUCAAUCAUAAGGCACGAACAAAGAAAGUAUUUCGGAGAUGAAAUGUUAAUGAUAAAAAACGAAGAAAGGCUACCUAAAUCGUUGAGGGUUCUAAAUCCCUUCAUGAAGGACGACGUAAUAAGAGUCGGUGGCAGAUUGCGUAAUGCGGACAUGCCGUACGACAAUAAAUUUCCGAUACUCAUACCUAGUAAAUCGGUUUUAGCCAAAUUACUCAUUACCGAAAUACACGUUCAGUAUAUGCACGCAGGUAUAGAAACAACUUUAUCUCUCCUAAAGAGAAAUUAUUGGAUAUUGGGCGCCAAACGAAUCACUCGACGUAUCGUCGGCAACUGCAUACCGUGUUGGAAGGUUCGUCCCACAAGUUUUCUUCGGCCAAUGGGCAAUCUUCCCGAUUUUCGAGUAAAACAAGCGCGACCUUUCCUUAACACCGGAGUUGACUUAGCCGGACCCUUCAUGAUAAAAAUGGGUAGAAUUCGGACCAACAAGACAUUCAAAGCUUGGAUAUGUUUAUUCGUAUGUUGUGCAACGAAAGCGAUUCAUAUGGAAUUAAUAUCGGAACUCUCUUCGGAUGCCUUUCUAGCAGGUUUCAGACGUUUCAUUGGCCGGCGCGGGAUUUGUAAAAAUAUUUAUUCGGAUUGCGGAAAAAAUUUCAUCGGUUCCGAUAAAUAUCUCAAAAAUAUUUAUGCCCUCGUAGCAGAAAAGGAAGCCAUCCGUUGGCAUUUCAACCCGCCGUCAGCGCCACACAUGGGGGGACUCUGGGAAGCGAAUAUUAAGGUGGUAAAAACACAUCUGAAAAGGGUUACGGGAUCUCAGAUCUUGACAUACGAGGAAAUGAACACGGUGCUCGUGCAGAUAGAGGCGGUUCUGAACUCGAGACCAUUGACUCCUUUGAGUUCCGACCCGAACGAUUUGUCUGUUUUGACACCAGCGCACUUUUUAAUUUCAGAACCACUAACAACCAUCCCAGACCCAGAUACCUCAGAUGUACCCAUAAACAGAUUAACUCGUUGGCAACUGUUGGUUCGCAUGCGUACGGAUUUUUGGAAAAGAUGGAAAACCGAAUACUUACACACCCUUACUCAAAGAUCGAAAUGGCACUUUCCAGAUAAGUCAACGCCCAGAAUAGGCGACUUGGUUUUGAUAAAAUCAGAUAAUGAACCCCCACUAGAAUGGGCUUUGGGAAGAAUAACCGAAUUAAAUUACGGCACAGAUGGUAUUGCGCGAGUCGCCUCAGUGAGAACCGCGAAAGGUAUAUUGCGUAGGCCCUUGGUCAAGCUGUGUCCCCUGCCCACGUAUUGA